GACUCACCGAGGAGUGGUGAGGUGAAGUCACCUAGGAAGGCUGCUGAAGCCUCUCGGGCUCUAAAUUCUGAUAUCUCAUCCUUAUUGAGGUGCGACUCGGAGUCCGUUGAGAAGGAAGAGGAUACUAGUAAUCCUGGUUUUGGAAUUGAGAGCACUUCUGUCAAUGACAUUCUUGCAGAAUUACUUUGCACGGCAAGAAAUCCACUUCAUUUAAAGUGGAACCGAUCAGCAAAGAUGAUUAAGAGCUUCUUCAUUAAAUACAGAAGCUCAAUGUACUCAAGUGGAUCUGACUUCCUAACGUACCAGAAGCACCAUAAUGAAUGCUGUCAGGUGAGUAUAGAAUCUCCAAACAAGCUGAUUGUCAAUAAUAGUUCUGAACUGGGAAAAUCUGAGGGGGGAUGGAAGGAUAAGAAAGAUGCUGCUGAUUUGCAAGUAGAGACAGGCCUAGCUCCUGAUUCAAGAAGUUGUUCUGAACAAUGCAAGGUUGGGCGGAAGAGGAAGAUGAGAAAGAAUGAAGAUAUCAAUGUAACACUAGCAGAUUUGGAGCCUCAGGUCAUAAACAUUCCAGUGGAAAGAAAAAACAUAAAGAGCAAAGUUGUAGCUACUGGAGAAAGUGUAGUUCUGUGCCCUGCGCCUGUUAAUUGUAUGCAACCAGCUGAAGUUGGAAACAAGAUGAAUAAGAAGGGUAAGGGAGUUACUAAUGGGCAAAAGGCUGUGGACCCUGUCCAUAAUCUUUCAGAGUGUUCACAAGAUGGCAACUCUAAACGGAAGAGGAAGAAGAGCAAACGUGCAAAUGCUGAUGUACCCUUGGUUGAUUCGAUCAGGGGCAUCACAAAUACUUUGGAGAAAGUCAAAUCUGAGCACUCGAGGAAAGAUGAUGAAACUUGUUACAGUUACCCUGGAGCUCUUCUCUUGACUUUUGCCUCAGGAGUUCCUUUGCCCUCCCAAAGCGAACUAAUUUCUACUUUUCGCAAGUAUGGAGUUGUGAUAGAAUCAGAGACGGAGUUGCUAAAAGAGACCAGUAGUGCUCGUGUUGUGUUUGCCAAAAGCACUGAUGCAGAAAAAGCCUUCAAUAGCUCAGAUAAAACUGGUGUCUUUGGGCCACCAUUUGCAAACUACCAUCUCCACUAUCUACCUCCGAUUGCAUGCUCUCCUCAUCCAAUACCUCCUCUUCCUUACAUAAGGGAGAGUCUCGAGAGGAUGAUAUCUACUCUGACUACUACUACGUCAGUGAAAGAGACAGGGCCAUCUGAUGGGAUGAAGCCUGCUGCAAGGGAAAAUUUAGUUGGAGACAUGGAAGGCCUCCUGAAGAAGGUGAACACAAUGCUAGACGGGGCUGCUGCUGGUACCUAGUUUGAGAAUGAUAGUAUGGUUCUAACAUCUUUUAGCUUAGGCAUCAGUGAUCGGCCCUGCUUUAUCAGGUUGUUGAAUGAUGACCUAUAAGUGGGAUCAGUACCACUUGCUUUAUUUAGGUUGCUGAAUGUAAGUGUAAUUGUUAUUAGUACCGUCAGUACGACUUGCUUGAUCUCGUUUGCUGAACAUUGACAUGUUGACCUUAUGCAUAGCUUAGUUUAGAUCAUCUGUGUGCAUUAUAGACUAUUUCUUCUCACUGUUUUCUGCAAGAUAAUGGAUAACCUCAUCCGCUUUGCACAUA